CAAAGUUCGUCAUUUACUCCACAACUAAAUACGAUCUUGAAGCUUGGUGGAUGCUCUCCUGAGGCUCAGCUCCAACAAUGGAACUGAUGUGCGCUACGUCAAGCAUCCAGACGGUCUCGAAUCUCUCCAGGACUCGCCAAUUGAUCACCCACCGAUGCAUCCUCUCUCCACCGACCCGGUUGUGUGCCUCCCUUCCCUGUUGAAAUGCAGGAACGCGCAACGCGCCCUUGUCUCCCGCCACAUUUGCAACGCGCCUCACUGACGGCCUCCCAACACAGUGACCAGACCGCCGAGUGUUCUAAACUCACUCAAAGCCACAGUCUAGAAGGCCGCGGCGAAUAUCGGAAUCAGUGGGGCACUAAUUACUGGCAGCAACUGGUAUCGAUCUGACCUUGGCUGGGAUGGCAGGGCCCGUGGCGCGCGUGCUGGCUGCUUUCGGGUAUGCUAGAUGACGCGCACCUCUCCCCACAAUUUCGUCGAUGGACAGGGCCACGACCUCGUAUGGGAUGCAUGUGCGGACUGCUCGGGAACUCACCGUGGAGGAGAGGUGUUUCACGCCAGGCUGGCAAACAGAAUUGGCCUAGUGGACGGACUCUUCCUUGAUGCUGUGUAGAGAUACAAAAUACGCCGUCUUCCUUGCUGUUGUCAACUGCUGCUGCCAUCGUGCUUCUGAGGCUGGAUCGUUCCACACCGUUGGACCCCAGAUCGAAAGACCCCUACCCCGCAAAACCUCCCGCUCACAACACUGAAUCCUCUGCAAACGACACGGCGCUCGAACACCGCCGUCACGCCUCUUCCAGCCAUGUCGACCGUAGAUUCAAUCCGCAAAACGCCCAGCGAAACAGGUACACCACACCGACCCUUCCACACAGCACACAGCCCACCACUAACACACCCCAGAAAUAGCAAACACCCUCUCGACGCUAAAGCUCUCCACCACCGAACCGCAAAAGCCGCUGCACAAGCCAAAAUCCA